AUGGCUGAUAAAAAUAAGAGUAAUGAUGGCAAAGAGAAACGCCGCAAAGAAUCAAUUUUAGACUUAUCCAAAUACCUCGAGAAACAAAUACGUGUGAAAUUUGCCGGUGGCCGCGAAGCAUCGGGUAUUCUGAAAGGUUAUGAUGCUCUGCUUAACCUGGUGCUGGAUAACACAAUUGAAUACCUGCGCGAUCCCGAUGAACCCUUUAAACCCUCCGAAGAGACAAGAAAUCUAGGGCUGGUGGUUUGUCGUGGUACAGCCUUGGUGUUGAUAUGUCCGCAAGAUGGUGUUGAGGCUAUACCCAAUCCAUUUAUAACACAAUAAUUGUGUUAGGCUUUUCUUCAGAAAAAAAAAAUAUUUUGGAU